AUGACUUACUUCAGAAUCACACUCAUGCGAUCGGCCAUUGGUCUCCCGCAACGCAAAAACAUGGUCUUACACGCCCUCGGACUGAAAAAGCGAAUGGCAACCGUCUUCUACCCUGUGUCACAGGACGUGGCCGGUCAAAUCAUGAAAGUGAAAGAAUUGGUAUCGGUUCAGGAAGUUGACGAACCGCUCACAAAAGCGCAAGUGCAUCUGCAACGGAAACCGGAUCCGGGAUAUUAUGUCGAGCAACGAGCAGACGAGGAGUUUGAGGCGAGACGAGGCGGUCGUUAUAAAUGA